AUAGCAUUCAACUUCAAGGUUUUCUAUCAGUAAACAAUGGCGGAAGAGGUGAAGCUUUUCGGCUUCUGGUCAAGCCCUUAUAGCCGUAGAGUAGAAGUAGCCCUGAAACUAAAAGGGAUACAAUAUGAGUACAUAGAAGAAGACCUCUUCAACAAGAGUCCUCUGCUUCUCCAAUAUAAUCGCAUCAACCAAAAAGUUCCUGUCCUCCUCCAUAAUGGAAAACCGAUUUCUGAGUCGCGUAUCAUUCUCGAGUACAUCGAUGAAACCUGGAAAAACAAUCCCAUUUUGCCUCAAGACCCUUACGAAAGAGCAACGGCGCGCUUUUGGGGUGAGGUUAUAGAUGACAAGAUUCUGAUGGGUGCAUGGAAGGCUGUGAGAAGUGAAAAUGAGGAACAGAAGCAGGCCAUCGAAGAACUUCAUCGGUCUCUAAAAUUGCUUGAGAAAGAGUUAGAUGAGAAGGAUUUCUUUGGAGGUGACAGAGUUGGAUAUGUAGACAUUGUGGCAUUUGUUAUAGCACAUUGGCUUUGGGCAUUCCAAGAGGCUGCAGAAGUAGAGUUGAUCGCAGAAGAGAAGUUUCCCGUCUUAUGCAAAUGGAGUAGGAAGCUCCUUGAGAUCCAAGUAGUCGAUGAGUGCCAUCCACCAAGAGGAAAACAUGUUGAUUAUUACAGAGUCAAAAUAGAGGCUACGAAAUUAAGUUCAAAAUAAACCACAAAUUUUCUGUACUCCUGUAGGUUUCUUUUUCCCUUAUGGUCGAGACUCGAAGUAUUUUGCUUGAAUAAAAGCUUUGUUUCUUAUUUAAUCUCAA